GGUAGUUUCAAAUCCAAGCAGGUCGACAGCAGUCGCAAACAACAAGACGUGGCCCGAACAGGUCAUCACCCUUGGGGCGAAAGAUUUUUUCCUCAUUGUAUCAGUUGUGUGGAUAUGCACGCUUUUUCUUCUCUAACAUGUUGAGCACUAAGAAUUCCUGCGUGGGAAUAAUGAGCGCCACCGUGGGAAUGGACCGGAGCAGAGUAGGACAGAGGCUCCAAGCCGCCUUGGCCGGGUUGCAAGAGCUCCAUCUGCUUCGGGACAGGCAGGGCGACAUGGUGAGCUGGGCGCUGGGAGUGGACCGGGACGAGCCGCUCGCUCGCCUGGAUGCCAGGAUGAUGGGGGCUGAGGAGCAGCGAUUGGAGGCGACCCUCACAGCCCUGAAGCAACAGCUGUCUCGUCUUCGGAAACAGGAUGUAGGACUGAAAACUCACCUGCAACAGCUCGACCAACAAAUAAGUGAGCUGAAGCUUGAUGUAAGCAAGGCCUCCACUGAACAACUGGAGAGUGACAGCAGACCAAGUUCAGGAUUCUAUGAGCUCAGCGAUGCUGGCUCUUGCUCCUUGUCAAACUCUUGCACAUCUGUGUACAGCGAGUGCCUGUCGUCCUCCCAGACAAGUCUUCUCCUCCCUAAUUCUCAAGUUAGCCCAGCAUUACAAGCCGACUUGUACCGCCGCCGUUCUGCAGACGAAGGUCCGACUCACGCCAACGCUACGCGGGUAACGGGUCUUCAUUUGGGAAGCAGUAGGAUUAGAGCCAACUCUGCCGUCACUGAAGUUGCAAGGCCAAGACCUGUGUCAACAGGUGACCUUGACAGGGUGAUGACACAAGGACUAAUCUACAAACAAAUGGAUGGCAAAAAACGACCAAUGUGCCCGAAUCUGAAGAUUCCUCCAAUAGACCCCAAGUUCCAGGGCAAUUUGGUGUCCCGCAACGGAAUUGAAAUGUACCACUACCCGAGCCCCUUGCAUGCUGUUGCCCUCCAGAGUCCAAUCUUCUUCCAAGCUGGGGAAUCAGACAUAAUAACUGUGGACAGGCCCCCAGUGAGCGAUUCCGACACACUCCAGGGUACUGAAAUGGGCUAUGACUCCAACACACUGGGUUACAUUGACAAGCUCCUCCAGCGCAGCUCCAGCAAAACCCAUAGGAAUCAGGAGGCCAUGCAGACAAACGGCAGCUACGAGAGGAAACCGCCCGCGUUUCGUCAAGAACCGCUAUCUCUUCCUCAACCUCCCCCAACUAAAGCCACAAACAUCAUACCAAUUGAUAAAGAGCAGAUGAGGGACUGUGUGCCACAUUCCGGUGCAGAAACAACUGAUAAUCCAGGACACCAACAGUCCGUGAGACCUCAGGAGCUUUCAUACGGGCAUUGCUAUCCUGCUGUGGCGAAAGAGUACAGCUCCGAUGAGGUGGCGACUUCAUCACUAAGGAAGAAAGACAAAACACAUGUUGGUUUUGUCGCAAGAGGCCACACGGAAAAAGCGUGUGGCGAAUGCCUACAAACAAGAGCAAUAGAGAAGAAAGUUCAUAGGCAGAGACCAGUCGUUUCACAAAGCUCAAGCGCAGAAGAUAGUCAAGUCUUUGAGGUGCAAAACGGCAAUACGGACUCCCCCAAGUUCGUCCAUGCCAAAUUCGUCCCCGCCGGAACUCAGAGGGUCAAAGUGAGACAAGCCGAUCGUAGAAGCAAAGCCGUAAAACUCCGACGAAAGAGCAGCGAGAAACCUCGAGCGUUGAAGCAACAGCACGAACGAACCCGAGAAUCCUUUGGAACUAAAGGAGAAGCGAGAAGAACUGGAAAAGGGAAGUUGAUCCAGAAAUACCAAUGCUGUCCAACUGAGGAGCACAAACAAGGUUCUUGCGUAGACUCCAGCCAAUUCAGCCUUGGGUUAAUCCACCCUCAUAAAGUUUAUCCAAAGCCUACUUCAUCUGCAACCAAGCCUAGCAAAAGCCGAAGAAUGCAGUCUGAGGAGUACGAGCAGCAGCAGCAGAAGAAGAAGAAGCAAGCGGCUGCCAAGUGGCUAUCUGAUGGAGAACAUUUCCAGCGUCAGAGAUCCAAAGAACUCCAGAACAAUUGGCUAGGAAUGCAUCACCAAUUCAUCUCAUCGAACUCAUUCAACUCUAACCUCAACGCCAGGUACCCUCCGGCUCCCUACAACAGGUCCGGCCUCUACCCUCCUCGGUGCGAGUCCGAGUACUCCGCCGAGUGCGUAUCAGUUUUUCAUUCCACCAUCGCGGCAAGCAGUGACGGAGAGAUGAGCGAUAACACCACCAAUCGCUUUGGCGAUAGCGAAUCCAGCAGGAGUUCUCAAUCUUUCUCCGACUCUGACAGUAGCUUGUCGGCAGAGGAGGGGGAACAUCUCGAUUGGCACGAGGAGGAGGGCGACCUAGUAUGGGCCGAAGCUUCUCUGGGGCCCACCGCGGCCGGAAAAGCCCUCCCACGUCCGGAGCCCUCGGCUUGCCGCAUUAAAGCGUCUCGAGCCUUGAAGAAGAAGAUAAGGCGCUUUCAGCCUGCUUCUCUAAAGGUCAUGACCCUGGUCUAGUAGAUGAUCACAAUUUAAUAUUUGUUCUUUCGCAUGUUUUUUUUUUUUCUAAGCACUGAUUGUUUUUCAUGAAAAUUGUUAUAACUUGGGGGGGGGGACGAUAUGAAACGAUUUGCGAUACAAGAAUGAUCAAGACAUGGGUCAGGAAAUGGUUAUUAGAUAUUCUACAAAAGUAAUGAACAGAAAAACGAGCCAUUUUCAUCCUUCUGCUGUGAAUUGGACUGAGUUUAUCACUAGUAGCGAUCGUUCUUCGCUGACAUCCCUCUCACUUCAAACGGAUUGGACGUCAGUGGCAGCCAAUGCCAGGCAAUGAGUUCAUUUUAACACUUGAACUACCAAGGGUGGAUCAGUUGAUACAAACCACUUCUGUGACCAGAGAAGGAUCAUCUGACCCUAAUCGGCAUAUCUUAUGUAAGCACUAUGGUCCUCAUUAGUCAUUCCCAUUCAUACUCUCAAAACUACAGGGUUAAAUUGCUCCAAUUAGCAUCUUGAAUGUUUGCGGCGCAGGGCUGCCUUGGCUUUGUCGGACAGUGGACCGCUCAGGCAGGCAAACGGGCGGACAACCAUUUUACCUAUUCCAAAAGUUGCAGUAUGCCUUGUACAAAGGACUUUGUAUAAAAAAAUAAAAAUAAAAAAAAAAAAAAAAACUUUUUUUUUUUGUGGUGACAUAUGACACUUUGCCCUUUUCCCGAGCUAGGUGUUGGAGGUUGUUACCUAAGCAAUUUUUCCUCCUGCGCCUUCUUUGCGCCCACAUUGGAGUGAGCCAAUUCCUUUGCAAGACACACAAGAAGUCCACCUGUCUCUCUUAUAUUCAAGAUGCUAGUUGCAACUAUCCAGAGUGAAACCCCGCCUUCACACCUAGGCAGCGACUCCACAGGAGUUCUUUUGUUUGACAAAGCCCAGUUGUCAGUUUGGUAUCGGGGUCAUUUGAUGCCUUUCUGGUAUUUCUUUAUAGCAAAACAAAAAACAAAAAAACGGGACUUCAAGUGUCAAAGCAUUUCACAUCAAAUCAUUCGAAUCAACAGGUUGAUUCCUAUUGAUUUUCGUUCACUUCUCCUUUUGAGGCUUUUCUGGGUCACUUCCUGUUGAUUUGGGGUUAUUGAAAACCAGGAAUGUCCUCAAGUGAAUAGGAAGUGACUCAAAAUCAACAGGAAGUAAGCUGUAGAUACCCUUUAAUGAACAUGACGUGACCUGUAAAUGGCCCCAAAAUCAACAGGAAGUGACCUGUAAAUGCAUUUAAAGGAAAAUGUCCCUUUUGGGGCAUUUACAGGUCACUACCUGUUGAUUUUGUGGUAUUUAUACCUGACUUCCAGUUGAUUUUAGGUUACUGAAAAGGAAGAAUUUCCGCAAAUGAAUAGGAAGUGACUCAAAAUACACAGGAAGUAGCCUGUAAAUGCCCUAAAAUCAACAGGAGGUGACCCAGAAAUGCUCCAAAAGGACCAGGAAGUGACCGAAACUCAACAGGAAAUGAUGUGAAAUGCCCAAAAAGUGAGCUGUAAGUGCCCACGAAAGACUUGCUGUGGAUGCUCUGGUUUCAGUGCCGUUGACGGCACUAGAUGUCCAAUCCUAUCAAAAUGAAUUGGACGUCUAGCGCCGAAGAUGAGCUAACGUAGAUGCUAUUCUAAUGGAAGAUUGGUCACAACCUUUUGGUCUUUUUUUUUUUUUUUUAAAACAUGAUGUAUCAAUUCUUGGUGGGAGCAUGUUGAUAACCUUUUGGGUUGCAAAGUAUCGCAAAAUAUCAUUUUUUUGAUAUAUUGUCACACCACUAGUUAUAACACUUGGAUUUUUCGGGGUGGGGUAAAAGCAUGCUUGUAUAACACAAUUUUCCUUACUUAUUUGUAAAUAUUUCUCAUAUUCCAAUUCAUUUCUCAAUGCAUGUCAUUUUCAUGUUAACAAUUUCAUGAUA